AUGUUAUUACGUAAAAUUGAAUAUUUGCUUUCAAGUGGAAUCGAUCCAAAUUUAUCCAAUGUUGAUGGACUGACAGCUUUACACCAAGCAUGUAUAGACAAUAAUGCUUUUUUGUGUAAUAUAUUACUCAAUUAUGGUGCAAACGUGAAUGCCCGUGAUGCAGAUCGUUGGACGCCUCUGCACGCUGCGUCAACAUGUGGUUAUUUACAAAUCUGUCAGCUAUUGAUCGAACGUGGUGCAGAUUUAAAAGCUUGCAACGCAGAUGGCUUAAUUCCCUAUGAUAUUUGUGAGGAUGAAAAAACUUCAAAUUAUCUUCAGAGUCAAAUGCAAAAGUUUGGUAUAUCCCUUGAAGAGAUAGAAGCUGCUCGUAGAGAUCUAGAAAUGCAAAUGCUUUCAGAUCUUAAAACGAUACGUUCAAAAGGAGGCAACUUGAAUACGCUGGACACACAAGGUGCUGCAGCCAUUCACAUUGCUGCAGCUAGUGGAUAUUGUGAAGUUGGUUUGUUCUUAUUACAGUCUGGUGUACACCCAGAUAGUUUGGAUGCAGAGGGAUGGACCGCUUCACAUGUUGCUGCCUGUUGGGGUGAACUUGAAAUGGUCAAAUAUGGGAAAACAGUCUUCACAAUAUGCGAUAAUGAUGAGACUCAUGAUGAAGUAUGCGCAAUAUGGAAUAUGAGAGAAAAAUUGAGAUCAAAUAUCAGGUCCAUUGAAUCAAAUGGUCUCCUUAAACCACUCCAUCGUAGAAGAAGUGCAUCUUCUGUUCAUCGUACUUCAAUGAGGGAGAAAUCAAAUUUGUCGAGACGUGAAGCCAAAGAAGAGGCUCAGUUUGCCCACUCUUCAUCAAAUUGCCUAACUGAUAUACCAACUGACUACGAGAAAUUCAAUCGAAGAGGGUCACAUGAGAAUGACAAGUUAAAGUCAGCUGAUCUAAGACAUGAAAAGCAAAACGUUCUUAUCACUGAUAUACACAUGCCUCUGACAUCAAAUGGUAUGGACACCAGUGAUGUAACUAGUCCUUCAAAAGUGAGAUUGCCGAAACCCUUCACACUUAAACAUGAAGACAGAAAGCGUGGUUCCAGGUUCCCUAUUUUACUGAGUGCAAAAGACUGUGAAACUAACUUAGGAGAGUAUAUGUAUCCUGACGAUAACACCCAUGCUCACUCCCAAAUAAAUCGUCACAAUAAUCAAGGUAUCGCUUCCCGUCAUCAUGAAACAGAGAUCCUACCAACUGAUUUAUAUAAACAACAAAGUAAUUCAAUUGAUGGACGAGCAGCAAUUAUUGAUAAACGAAGUCAUGCGGGUUCAAUCAGCUCACCCAAUCCUGGAAACGACACUCCGUAUCUUACCAACAGAGAAGUGUAUAUUGAUCACACAAAUUUUCUUUACCAGAAGCCCUGUUCCUCUGACUUACCAAUACCACAGUAUAUUGAUGCAGAAAGAUCAGGUGAAUAUCCUCAAACUUUAAUUAGUAACAAAUGUUGUCGAAGUUGUACAAUAAUUUGAUAAAUUUCUG